AUGGCGACCGGCGUUGACGCAAAGCUAUUGAAGUCCACCAAAUUCCCUCCCGAAUUCAAUCAAAAGGUUGACAUGCAAAAGGUCAACCUCCAGCCAGACAUUAAAUCGUUACAAAUACAACUCACAGGCUUUUUGGACAAAGAUACAGCACAAUUCUGCAGGGAAUUAUGGAAACUAUUCUUGAGUGCCCAAACAAGCCCACAAGGCGUUCCCAAAGAGCUUCUCGAGGCCAAGAAGUUGGAAUUGAUACAGGAAAAGAUGGAAGCCGACCGCGCAGCAGAUGAGGCACGACGCCGCCGAGGCGAUCUCGACAGACGUCAACAAGAUGGCCAGGUACCGAGAGACAGAGAUCGCGGUGAACGCGGCCGCGGCCGAGGUGGGGAUAUGUGGCGUGGUCGCAACAGUGAUAGGGACUACGACCAGAGAGGUAGACAAGGGGGACGGUUCGGUGGCAAUAGAUCGCGCUCACCGGCUGCGAGGACUCGCGACCAGAGGGAUAGAGGCUCGUUCCGUGGGUCUACUAGAGACAGCUACGUCCCCAGAGAUCGCGGUCUCGGAGGCCGACCCCGAACGCAAGCGAGACUUGAGUCGUGGCUCACCCCCGCCUCCCGCUCGACGAACUCGUCGAGAACGCAGCACAUCCAGCCCCAGGCCUACGAGGAAAAGAUCAAUGUCGCCGAGAAGGAGCGAGGGUGGCCAUCGAGAAUCACGGAGGAAGAGAAGGUCGUCACGAAGCCCUUCGACGCCCUCAACAUCGCCUGA